AUGGCUCCACACUACAACUUCACCUUCACCAUGACCAUCACCACCACCAUUACCACCAUCACCACCACCAUCAUCACCACCAUCACCACCACCAUCACCACCACCAUCACCACCACCAUCACCACCACCAUCACCACCACCAUCACCACCACCAUCACUGCACCAAAACAUGCCUGA